CAACCACGAUAAGUUUAACCCCAGCACCAGCAGCACCUUCAGAAAUAACGGCAAAGCUCUCAGCAUCCACUACGGCACCGGCAGCAUGACCGGAUUCCUCGGAUACGACACUGUGACCGUGGGUGGACUCGCUGUGAAGAACCAGCUCAUCGGCCUGAGUCAGACUGAAGCUCCCUUCAUGCAGUACAUGCGCGCUGACGGUAUCCUCGGCCUGGCGUACCCUCGCCUGGCUGCAUCCGGCGCUACACCCGUCUUCGACAACAUGAUGAGUGAGAAUCUGGUCAACCAGGACAUGUUCUCCGUGUACCUGAGCUCUGACUCUCAGCAAGGCAGUGUGGUGACCUUUGGUGGCGUUGACCCCAACCAUUAUUCUGGUUCCAUCUCCUGGAUCCCCCUCUCCCGCGACCUGUACUGGCAGAUCACAGUGGACAGUGUUACUGUCAAUGGUGAGGUUGUGGCCUGUAAUGGCGGCUGCCAGGCUAUCGUUGACACCGGUACUUCUCUGAUUAUUGGACCUCAGUAGCAUCACAACAUCAACAGCAAAGUGGGAGCUACCAACAACAACGGAGACUACUUGGUCAACUGCAACAGCAUUGGCCAAUUGCCUGAUGUGACCUUCCACAUCCACGGAGAGACCUUCACCAUCCCAGGCUCUGCCUACGUCCGCCAGGUAUGUUCUGCUUGCCUGCCAGACACUUCACCUUAG